CUCUUUUCAUCUUUGUUUGCCUCGACUGGACAGCGCAUCCUGAUCGAAUGAGGCACGUGCUUCUCCCAUCCGCGUGCCUUUAUGCCUUAGUAAGGGCUGACCACCUGCACACACAAGAACAAGCAACGCUCCAUUUAUCUAUCUCUCCGGCCAUUCCCAGCCUGUGUGCCUGUCUGUGUGUGUGGCAUAGGUCCACGGUACCUACCUUGAGUUGUGGUGCGAGUCGUGUGAAGAGGAUGUCGCCGUACUGGCCAAAGAGGACGUCCUGCACGAUCAGCCCCACGAUGGCCAUCAUCGCCAGCCGCCCGUUGUUGAGCUCCCUCGUCUGGUACCCCACCCACUGCUCGGGCGUCACGCCGCUGUCCGUCACGGGGAAGUCGUCAAUGCCGUCCGCCCGUCGGGUGCUCACGAUGUCCUGGUACCACCCGUAGGUCCCCAGGUAGUCGCCCGGCAGGUCCAUGCGGCCGGGGGUCUCCCGCUGGUACUUCUUGACCAAGUUCAUCGUCACGUACUCGAAGAAACCGAUGAAGAAGAGCAGCUGGAUGAUGCCUGGCGCGGGGACCUCCGUGAUGGCCUUGAGAGGGUCGGCGCUCAGCUUGCCGCCAUAGAGGGGGUGGAAGACCGUCUGUGUCAUCCACCCCAGGACGGCGAACAUCGCCAGGCGGCCAUGCUUGAGCUCACACUCGCGCAGACGGGCGAUCUCCUGCGUGCUCUUGUUCUUGGUGAAGCCAAGGGGGUCGAAAAAUCCGAGAGGCGCUGAGGAUCCGAUCAGCGGGUAGCCGGGGGCGACCUCCAGACCAUUGGGAGCAGUGAUGCCGCACUCUGCGGGCGUGAGGGUGGUCUUGGCGUCCAGCCGAGUGGGUGGGGUGCGCAGGAUGUUGCCUCGGACUGCGGGAGGGACGAAGGCGGUGUCUGCCGCAGCGCUGAGGCCGACACAGAGGCCCACCAUCACGGCACCGAUAACAGACCUCAUCUUUGCCAGAUCAGACGCUGCUAAAGUCACCCUCUCGCCCUCUCGCUGCCUGUAGAGCCUUCCAGAUCUCUGGUUGGCAGCCAGGACUUUCAUUGGCUGCCAGGAUCGCCUUGGCCCGGAUGACGGCUGUAUGGUGAGAGGCCGCUCCCUGAUCCGUCUCUUCAGUUCACUGCGAGGCGGCUUCACGCGCACUUCCGUCCGCACAUGAGUUCACGCA